GUGGUAUGCAAGUGGCUGGGUAUCGGGUAUCCCUGAACUUCAAUCAAUUGAUUGAUUCCCCGCCUUGACCUUCCUUGCCCUUUUUUAAAACAAAGCCCGGAGACGUGAAAGCUUCGACUUAUACCUACCUACCUACAUACCACCUACCACUUGUCACUUACCACUUGUCACUUACCUCUUGACUUAUAGCCGUCGCUCAUGGGGAACGCAUGUGGCCUGGGCAUGUCCAUAUUGAUGCAAACAUUGUACGUCUAGUAGGGCAAAAUUGGAAAGGUCGCCCUCACGCGUCGCGGUACCGCUUUUCCUUAAUUUGGGUUCGCGAUGAAAUUUACCGGCAUGAAGUUCUUUCGGCGCAGCAAGAAGCCUCCCCAACAGCCCAAGCCGUCAAAGAAGUCGGCCCAGGAUGAAGUGGAGAGGGAUAAAUAUCGGGUUUACAACCCGCAGCAAAACGACUAUUAUAAUUAUGCCGCUCAAAGAGGCAGCGUAUUCGCGCCCUGGUUGGAGCUGCCCCCUCCAAUAUUAGAAAGGGUCUUCUCUUUCGUCUGUCCCCAUUGUAGUGAUGAGUCGUACGAAACAUGCGAGCAGAGCGCACUCGAAAACGCCUGCAUGCUUUGCGAUCUACGCGACCUCUCCCACGCCGGCCAAGUCUGUAAGCGCUGGAGAAAGGCUGCCGUCAAAUUAAUGUACCAUAGCAUCCGUAUCGAUUCUGUACAUUACUGCGAGCGCGAGAUCGAUCUUUCCGAGAGACGAAAGCGCAGGAGUCGCUUCGAUCGCAAUGGUCUUCCUGAAGACACAGCUAGUGCUCGGCUACAAUUGCUAUGCCGGUCCCUACGUGAAGACCCGACACGGCUCGGUUCCCUGGUUCAAUACUUCAAGACGCCGUACAUGUUACGGGAGUCGAGCACGUCCACGCUCGCGCGAACCAUCGCCGUUUUACCCAACCUCCGCUACGUCGAUUUGCCUGAAGGGCUAUUUAGCGAUGAUCCGGCUUACCAUACCCUCAAGCUCGAAGUGCAAGCCCGCUGCCCAGACCUCAGAAAGAUGACGUAUAUUGGCGGCAGCGAGCGGAGCCUGGAGGUGUUAAGCAGGGGUAAUGUAUGGCCGCACCUCGAAGUGUUGGAGCUGGCUAGAAUAAACAUGGAUCCGGCGAUGCUGCGACACGUGCUUGCAAUGCUUCAUCACCUACGAGCUCUGAAGGUGUCGGACUGUCGAAUGUUGGAUGACGAUAUAUUCAAAUAUAACGACACCUUGGCAUCUUUUCCAGCCUUGGAGGAAAUGAUACUGAUAGACACACCGAGGCUUACCUCGGACGGCCUGGUGGCAUAUCUAUCCAGAGAUGAGACGCAGAGGCAGCUCAAAGUGCUCUCUCUUUCUAACACGGGCGUCCAAGCAUCCGCACUACACGACGUGUUAGCCCAGGCGCCGAACCUUACAGCCCUCUCCAUCAUUAAUCAAGUAGAUUCCCCAUUUCCAUCUCACUCGGGGCCUCUCCCGCCACUAAGAAACUGGUCUCUACAAACUCUACGCUUCGAAAUUACGGCAUCGCCGGCUACUGCUUCCUACGCAAGUAUUACGAGCGGCUACUACAACUAUCUGGCAUCUUCUCUCUUCGCCGGUGGCCUACCGCGUCUAUCUGCAGUGUAUGUUCGCGACCAGGACUUUGCGGACACCCUCCUAGGCCUCCCGCCGCCUAUGCCUGGGUUCGCUGGGGGCCAGCAACGACCUAGCAGUUCCAGUAGCGCCGGCAUGUUUGGCAUGGGGAACAGUAGCCUUUCACCGAUGAAUACCAGUCACUUUGGUAACGCACCCCCACGCUUCAGUUCCAACAACCCUUUCGCGGCAACGCUGGGACCGUCUCGCGGAUUAUCACUCAACCAGACGCUCGAGGUUUUCACAAAAGGGGAAGACGAUGUCGACUGGGGUAGCAUUAGGAUGGACCCCUUCGACGCUUACGGCGGUGUUGCGGGUAACGACAGCAGAGGUCGCAGUGGUAGUACUUCGAGCGGCCGCCCUCUAAGCAGUUACGGCCUAGCAGAUAUAGGAUCUGGGUGGCAGGCUGGUGGUGGGGCCAGGAAGAGUAUAGUUGUGCAAGGAACUGGCGCUGGUAGUUUCCUAGCUGUGCCGGGCGGUAAAAGUCUGGGCGGGCACGGGCGUAGUGGAAGCACGGCAAGCUCGAGCGGCGUUAAGGAGGAUCUGUGGCCACGACCCAUGAGUAGCUCGGGAGCUAAGGGAGAUCGAGACCUGUGGCGGUGAUUGGCAUGCCCUCUUAAGAGGGCUUAGCCUCGACUGUUAAUGGAUGACGAUGUUAUGAGAUUCUGGGGUCUGAUAUUCCAAGGCGAUCAGUGUAAGGGGUUAAGACUAGCAAGACUACGGUAAUAGGAACCAUCAAUUGUGCUACCAAUCAUUUGUGUGUGUGUGUGUGUGUGUGUG